AUGUAUCAUUUAAAAUGGGUUUCUCGGUGUCAGUUUAAAAAUUCAAUCACCAAAUUGAAGAAAAACAGUUUAAAUAAAUGCCUUGUACAGCCGACAGGAACGAAUUGGGUCAGGUUUCUAUCGAGGAGAUAUUCCACACAAGUUGAACAAGUAAGUAAGCUGGACAAUGGUGCUUUGGAUCCGGGCUCUCCUACUUUAUAUAAAUUUCUUUUGAAAGAUCAAAAAAAGUCUGGCGAUUUGCAUCUUCAUACUGCUUUCAAUCUUUGUAUAGAUGAACUUUUAAUCAAUGCCGACAAGGGUCGAAUUAAAAGCUUGACUAGUAAAAUACACAAACACAGGGAAGAGGAAGCGAAGACUCCGAUUUCCCGUCCUUGGAAAGAGGAAUCUACAAAGACAAUGACAGACGGCCAAAUUAUCGCGUAUUUAAAAGAAACGAUGCCGUAUCAGUAUGCCUCGUUAUAUCACAUAUUUUAUGAACUCAAAAGUCUUUUGAAAAGUAAACCGAGCGACCAACUGAAAGUUUUGGAUUGCGGAAAAGGACCAAGCUUGGGUGCGAUUUUGAGUCAAUCUUUUUUUCCCUCGACGAUUCCGUUUUCUGUUGUAGAAGAAAACAGUUUUCUCCGUGAAAUUAUAAAACAAGUCAAUCAAACCAUUGGUGCUUCGCUGGAUUCUGAGAAUUUAAAUCCCGAACUUUUAGGCCGAUUGCCGCUUUCCCAAAAAGGGAACUACGAUUUAGUUAUCGCUUCUAAUCGCCUUCUUGAGUGUGGUUCAGAUGAAGAGCUUUUUGGAUACUUACGUGCGCUUUGGUCUCUGUUGAACAAAGGAGGUAUCGUAAUCUUAACUGAGCAAGGCUCAAAACAUGGAUUUCAUGCCAUUAAGAGAGCUAGAUCAUUUUUAUUAAAUAGAGAAAAAGAUAAGGAAAAUGACCGCCUAGAUGCAAGAAUUCUAGCUCCUUGCCCUCACGAAGAUCGUUGUCCCAUUAACAUAGAGGGCGGCGUGAGAGCAAACGUCUGUAACUUCAAACAGCAUUUCUUUUUUCCUUCCUUUUCUCGCUUAUAUGUUCCAAGGAGUGAACAGAGAUCUCAGUCUCACUCAAAAUUUAGCUAUGUCGUUUUGCAAAAAGGAGUAACUCGUGAGUCAAAUGCAUAUAAACCUGUCCAAAGUGAACAAGAGCUUUCGAACCCCGAUUUUGAGGCUACUGAUAGCCAUAUAAAUUGGCCCCGUAUAAUCCGAUCACCUUUGAAGCGUCGUGGCCAUGUUAUUGUUGAUGUGUGCGAUCACGAUGCUCAGCUUCGUCGACACACUGUACCUAAGUCUCAAGGUAAAUUGUACUACCAAAUUGCUAGAAAAUCCAAUCAAGGAGAUCGUUUCCCUAUUAAAGGUAAAGUUCAAAGUGUUGAGCAAAAACCGCAUACCCAUAAACCUUUAGAAGCUAAGGAACAACCUGUUACUCUAAAUUCCCCUUUGCAAGAUUCUUCCAAGGUUUCUGAAGAAUCAAUACCAAGCUAUGUUUUUACCGGAAAACGCUAUUAUAGUACCCGGCCUUAUUUUCGUCAGAACUCAUUCAAAUGUUCGGAACCAGCUAAAGGAUUAUUAAUUAACAAGCGAUACUAUUCACGAAGAUAUACGAUUAAUCCAAAGUUAAAGUAUGAACGGCAAACAACUAUUAACUAUUUAAUUGCUCUCACUAUUUUGGUGCUUGGAAUAACAUAUGCAUCAGUCCCUCUUUACCGCUUGUUUUGUUCUAAGACAGGUUACGGUGGAACAGUCAAUACUGAUCAGGAGCGUAUGAAUGUUGAUAGAAUGGUUCCUCGUAGAGAUGCUAAACGAGUAAGAGUAACAUUUAAUGGAGAUGUUGCAGGAAAUCUUCGUUGGAAGUUGUAUCCUCAACAAAAAGAAAUAUGGGUUCAACCAGGAGAAACUGCUCUUGCUUUUUAUACGGCUGAAAACUUUUCCGACGAAGACAUAGUUGGCGUUGCUACCUAUAAUAUAGUACCAGGCCAAGCCGCUGUAUAUUUCUCCAAGGUUGCUUGUUUUUGUUUCGAAGAGCAAAAGCUAGACGCCCGGGAGAAAGUUGACUUGCCUGUAUUUUUCUUUUUGGAUCCCGAGUUUGUUGAUGACCCAAACAUGAAAUACGUAGAUGAUAUACUGCUUAGUUACACGUUCUUUGAAGCAAAAUAUGACAAUAAUGGAAAUUUACUAACCCAGUUAAAUUAA